UCCUUUCAAAAUCUGUAUAAAAUAAGUGAAGAAGUGCUUUUUGCCAUGUCACUUGGCUAAAACCCUACUCCCAUCCCCUUCCCUUCCCCAUUUCAGCUUCCAUCAACUUCCCCUCUCGUAGCAAUUUCUUCAUAAUUUCUUGGCUCAAUAUUCUCAUGGCGGCGUUUCAAUUUCAAUCUCGUCUUCAAGUUUCGAAGAUUUUGUCUUCAUCAAUUCGGAAAUGGGAAAUAGAUUUUCCUCUCCUCCACAAUCCAUUGCGAACGCCGGAUUUCUCUCUCUCGCCGGCGCCAUCUCGUCGUUUUUCCUCCAAUUCCAUGGAUGACGAUCGUGCCUUCUCGGAGUCCGAGCCGAGAAACACCCCGCCGCAACGUCGUUUUCCUCCAGAUCAUCGCGAAGCUCGUCGUGUUCCCAGAGGGGGAGUAACUGAUUCUUACGAUAAUCGAAAUCAACGCUUUAAUAGGCAUUCAGAAGGUUCCUCUUCUCGAUUCACAAAUGAAGGGUCGACUUCGCGGCAAAGGAGUGAGUCUUUAUCUCAGAAGGAUUUUAGCUUUCUUGAAAAAUUCAAGCUGAAUACUGAUAAUCAGAGUAGUGGUAACGAGAAGACUGAGGAGAACUCUUCUUCUGCUCCGGUUUCUGAAUCAAUGCAGGAGAAGCAGCAAUCGCAACAUCAGCGUCCUCCAGCAGCUGAUGAGAUAUUCAGGAAAAUGAAGGAAUCUGGUUUAAUUCCCAAUGCCGUUGCUAUGCUUGACGGGCUUUGUAAAGAUGGACUUAUACAAGAAGCAAUGAAGCUUUUUGCUUUGAUUCGUGAGAAAGGUACAAUUCCAGAAGUUGUGAUUUACACUGCUGUUGUUGAUGGGUUUUGCAAGGCGGAGAAAUUUGAUGAAGCAAUUAGGAUUUUCAGGAAAAUGCAGAAUAAGGGUAUUUCUCCAAAUGCCUUCAGUUUUGGUGUCUUGAUACAGGGAUUGUACAAAUGCAAAAAAUUAGAUGAUGCUGUAGCAUUUUGCAAUGAGAUGUUAGAAUCUGGGCAUUUACCAAAUCUUACCACUUUUGUUGGCCUAAUUGAUGUGUUAUGCAGUGAGAAGGGUGUGGAUGAAGCUCAUAAUGUCGUAGAAACCUUUAAACAAAAGGGAUUCUUGAUUGAUGAGAAAGCUUUAAGGGAAUUUUUGAAUAAAAGAGCCCCAUUUUCACCAGAUAUCUGGAAAGUGUUCUUUGGUAAUAAAAAAGCCCCAUUUUUCUGAGAUUGUUGUCGUAGUGUUGUGAAGGGACCAAUCAUAUUACUGAGAAGAAACCACAAGUUGAAAUCAUUGUAACUCAGUAGUCAGAAUUCAAUUAUCGUGUUGAAGAAUAAAAAUCUGGUUGAAGAGUGAACAAUCUGCAACUGUUGAAGUGAGAGCUCUAAACCGUCAGUCAUGUUCGGGGAACACAAAACUUGUGCAGUCAAGUUCAUUGACCUUACGUGAAAGAUUGUGCGGACUGGAUCAAUCGGCAUGGGAGACAUUAGCUGCAGUUAAUAAGUGAUGGAUAUUUUUUGCAAGAUUGAACAUCAGAAAAUCUGUUAAAUUCACCAUUUACCUCUUAGAUUUUUUUUUUUAAACAACAAUCAUGUAAGGUAUGACUAUGGCAUUGCUUCCUAGUUGCUAUCACUAAUGGCUAUACAGAGUUUCUUUGUCUUUGUGCACUGUGCUUAACUUCCCUUAUUUGAUUGUAAAGAGUUGUAUGUGAGGGAAUAGAAACUGUAUAAGGAUGGAAGGUCUUGUAUUCAAAUUUUUGUAACGUAAUGUUGUUUCUUUUCCAA